UUAUAUUUUAGUCUGGAAAAUUUUAUAAGAUUUACAAUAUUGUUUACGUGAAAUAAUUGAAUUUAAUUUAGACAAAUAAUUUAGUAAUUUAGAUGCGUAAACAUUAAUUUUCCAUUUUAACUGAUAACACACGUCGAACGAAUUUUAAAUGUUUAACAUAUAAAUAAAAUAAGAAUAAGAGAAUUUUUGUCUCAUUGUGUUAUCUACUAUCUAUCAGAAAAGAAAGAUACAUUUAUUUGAGGUGUGUUAUCUUGUCUCAUUUACCAAAUAGCAAUCGAAUUAGGUUCGUUGAUAAAAAAAAAGGAAAGAAGAAGAAAAGGACUCCUUCACCAGUGGGUUUUGAGUGACUGAUGACGAUCCACUUCUGGUUUUUUUAAAAUUUUGUUGAAUUGGCCCUUGAUUUUCUCAUUCAUCUGAAUAUAAAUAUUCGAAAUUAUGUCUGUCAAAUUGGGAAUAGAAGUUGCGUCAUCAAUUUUAUUUAGACCUAAAAUUUAGACAAAAAUUGUUAAUAAUAGUUUCAGUGGAAAAUAAUGGUUAAAAUUGGCAACCAUUAUUUUGUUAUUACUUGUCAGGAAUUUCUUAGUUGUUUUCAUGUAUUCGUAUGUAUGUCUUGGUCAACUGUGAAUAUUAACUGAUUAUAUAUAUAUAUUUAUAACUUUGGUCUGAAAUUGGGCACAAAAAGUAUCAAGAUUCAUCCACGGUUAAAAGUGAUGUUUACAUCACCACCGCGGAUAAUUCCUGCUACAAAUUAAAAUGCUUUAUGAAUUUUGUCUUAUAUUGUUAGGUUAUGUUCAGAGUUUUCAGUGAGUCACGUUUCGUUAUGUUGUAUUCGUUAAUUGUAUUCGUCACGUUGAGAGGCAAGAAUAUUAUUUAUUAUAAAAUAAACAACAUUCCUGUUAUAAAAAAAAUUAAAAAAAGAUAUAUUGCAAAUGAAAACAUAGCUCUCCAUUUUGUCUCAAAGAAUACUCCAAAUUUAAUAUAUUUGAUGAGAUUAAAUUUCAUUUACAUUGUGUUAUUAAAAUUACUUAUUUUAGCGCGUUAUUUUCAUCAUACAAGAGAAAGAAAUGAGAAAAGUCAUUCUUUUAAUCACUCAUCUUUAUAGGGUAUUUGUAAUUACGGUACUUUUAUGCGGGGAUGAUUAUGAUGUAACACCAAGUAACCUUUACCUGCCUUUCCGUAAGUGUCCCCUAAUUUAAAAAAAAAUGACCAUUAGUUUGACCCAUCCUUAAUUCUCUCAAAUGCAGGCGGCAAAAUUGCUAUAAAUAAUUGACUACUUUCUUUCAUAACCUUUAUAACAAAGGUGGAAAAGAAGUCAUAAAAAAUAUUAAUUAUUAAUUUAAUUAAUUAAAAUUGAUUUUAAAUUUUGAGGAGAAAAGAAUAUAAAGGAGCAAUAAGAUUAUUAAUAAAAAUUAUAUUUUAAUCGAAAUUUAUACAUUUCUUUUUCGCCACCGCGGAAUAUUCCUGUAAAUUUGUUUCCAGAAUAGAAAAGGAGAUAAAAUUUAAGCAAUUUUAAAUAAUGAUAUUAAAAGAGUGGAUGUGUAUAUAUUAUAUGUUCUUUAUAUAUUGUUGAAUACUAAGAUUUCGAGAAGAAAAUUUCUGCCGUGUUGCAAAAAUAUGAUCCUGAGCCCCAACUUGAAGCGCAUUAUCGUUACAUCCUUUUAGUACUGAAAGAGUUCUCAAACAAGAAGGUGAGAAAAGAAUAAUAAUAAAAAUGGAAAGUGUAAAUGUAUUUGAAUUUUCCGCUGCAAUGACUGCAUUGGAGUUAGUUCGAAAUAAUGUGACUGAUAGUGAUUCUUUGCUGUCAUUUAAACAAGCAGAAAUUCAACAGAAGCUGCAAACCAGAAUCCGGAAUGGCGAACGUGGUGUUCAUGUAACUGUCUCACACUGGAAAGAGGCACCUCCUAGGGCUGAUUGGCAUUAUUGUUGGCCCUUGGACGAAGAGGCGUCCAAAGGGACUCCCUGUGCCCAAGAGGAUUACACUUGGACACAAGAAUAUCGUUGGGUAUGGGGACAACGUUAUGAGACGAGGAAUUAUUGGUGUCCCUCGUCAUUCAUAUUUCCAUCAGUGAUUGCCAUUCCGCAAUCAGAGCAAAUGGAGAAAGUCAUUGGUCCGUUGGGCGUAAAUAUCUCCCAAUUCGAUUAUUGUCAUAUUUAUGCAAUUCCACGGCGUCGGGGAUACCGCCCUGUAAACCCGGCGAUUGAAUUGAUUUUUAUACAGGAGUAUGAAAAAGAUUGGGAAGAAUUAACCUUAUUGCGUCAUCGCUGGGAAACAAGAUGGGCUGUGGAAUUGAACACCGUUUGGUUGGGGUGUUAAAAUAAGGUUGGCUGGGACAUGUAUAAUCAGGCAACGUGUUUUAUAAGUAUUAAAUAAGCAAUAAAAAUUAUUUUAUAUCAAUGUCUUAUUUUAACGAAACUUUAAACAACACAAAAAAAAAUUGUGGAACUAUAUUAAUGUAUUUUAUAAGAAUUGACAUUCAAGUAUUCUAGUGUAACCUUCAGGUGAAUUCUUGAAAUAAAUAUAGUAGUCUCUUUUAUUUUUGCAAUUCUGCUGACGUGUUUAAUUCAUGAUCCCACGUCUUUAUGUUAGUACACACAUUAGUAUAUAAAUUGUAACUUUUCUCAUUUAACUUAUUUAUUCAUUUGUUUUAAAGAGGUCUUUCUAGAUUUGAAAUUAUUUGUUAAGAAUCCAUCAAAUCAUUUAAAACUUUAAGAAAAUUAAGGUUUAAUACUAUCUUAAAAUGAAACAAAUUGUUCGAUAAUAAUUAACGUCAUACCAAUUUUGAUUAGUUAUGAUUUAAGAGAGGGAAUAAAAUUCUAGAUUUUAAUAUAAAAAUAAUUAUGAUGCAAGAGAAAAACAAAAACAACAACCAACAACCAAUUACGACAACCUUUAAUAUUUAAAUUUUUAAUAUCCAAACAAAUAUGUCAAUAACGGCUAGGGU